AGCUGUGCAAUGUUGGAUACUUUGAUGUUUCUGUUGUCGAGGUUUUUAUGUCGUAAAUGUGUAUUUUUGCAUUAAGUUAUAACAUAAACAGAGUAUUUUAUUUAAGUGCUUUUAGUACAUAAAAAGUAAUCAUAAAUCACAAAAUGAUAGAGAUUUAUUGCUAUAUCUUUGGUUCACAUGUCAUGUAAUAUAACGUAUCAUGGAUCCAGUUAUAGAUAAUGAAUGGAUUGGAUUCAAACAGGAAUCUGUGGAGGAAAUAAGAAAUGUUGGCAAUAUUGUCCGUAGCUGGCAAUCAAGGGAACUUGGAAUUGUUCCCCUCAACAGCCCUUCAAAUAAAAUAGUACUUGAAAAUGCUGCUGAAGACAUACUUGUUCGGAAACAACUUAAUAUCAGGUCAUGUGACUUACCAGGAUAUCCAAGAUCAACAUUUUUAAUGGUUUUUAGCCCUGAUGGGACCAAAGUGGCAUCAACUCAUGGGAAUCACAAUGUUUACGUUUCCGAACUAGCCAGCGGGAAACAUGUACGCAUAUUAAAAGGCCACCCUCGCACACCCUGGUGCAUCGCUUUCCAUCCUUCACAUCCACAGCUGAUUGGCUCGGGAUGCUUGGGGGGCCAAGUGCGCGUAUGGGAUAUUGAAAGUGGUGGCAGCGAAGUAUGGAACGUGCGGAGCGAGACAGUGAUAGCGUCUAUCGCGUUCCACCCCCGCGAGCAGCUGUUGGUGAUCGCGACACACAACGAGCUCUACUUCUGGGACUGGAGCCGUCCCGCGCCCUUCACCAAAGUCUCCACAAAUAAUUUUAAUGAGAAAGUUCGAUAUGUGGCUUUCGACGGCUUAGGACAUAAACUGAUAACGGGUAUAUCAUAUAUACCGGGUGGUCCUCAAAGUCUGCACGUACAAGAGCAACAACCACUGCGGCCCACCGCCAACACUACUAGCACCAGGCGAGACGACCCUGACGACAGCAAUGACAGGCCGGCUGACAACUCCGGGAACUCCGAAGAUGUCAUGGCGAACUCGUAUCAGAACUUAGUACAGAGAUACGAUAGUCUCGUAAGGAAUUACCAGCGGCUGUUCAGAGUGCGCCAUCGGCUCGUGAAUAUUAACACUCCGUCGCCACCGAAUACGAUCGACCGCGGCACGGACCCGAUGGAGACGGACACGUCGCCGAGCCGCGGCGCGUCGCUGUGGGUGCGGCCGCGCUCCGACGACCACGCAACCGCAAGCAGCAGUCGGCGACCAGACAGCGGCGACAGCGGCGGCGAGGGCAGCAGCAGUCGCUUGCUGAAUCUCGACGUCUUGUCCAUAAACAGCAACCCCACCAGAAAUCAAGAAAUGUCUUCAAAUCAAAGACAGUCAAUAUUUGGGUCAAGAUCAUCAGCAUUCCUGCCACUAAAUGAAGCCUACCGCCGCACUGUUCGCGCCGGAGAAUCCUCUGAACGCUCCAGCAGACUUUUACCAAACCCUUUUUCUUCCACCAACACAUCUCCAAGACCACCUCGAGUGCUCCCUGACGGAUUACAACAAUUUUUUAGAGAUCUAGACAACUCAUCUCGGACUAGCAUUUUUACGUCCUCGAGGCAAGACUCUGACCGGCCAACCUUUGGACAGGAUUUUGCCCGUCGAAGAAGAAAUUCCUCCCCGUCCACCUCCAGAAGCAAUCCAUUGCUCCCAGAAGACUCGCCAUCUACUUCUGCGCAACCGUCCUCAAAUCCUAGCGGCUCCUCUCGCAACACUCCUUCCGCUUCAGGAUCUUCAAGGCCGACAAUGACGAACUCGUCAACACAAAUAAGCCCCUCUACUGCGCCCGUUGAUGCCCAAAGCAUUAAUGAGAGCCUCGAUUUAAUACGCGAUAUUUUAAGAGAUUCUGGAACAAGAUUGUUAAAUUUGAUCACGAACAUGUCUUUGUCGACCCUGGCUAGCGUGGAGCGCAAUAUGCCCAGACGAGGCAGCGGCUCGCGGCCGCAUUCUGAUGACAGUGAAGGCGGCAGUCUCCAGCGGCCGUCUGUCAGACCCCGAAUGCGAUUAUUUAGCUCUAUGCUUAUGCGACGAGAGCUAUUAGGCUCCAGUUCGGACUCUGAUAGUGAUCAAUCAUUAGAAGUCAACAUUUUUAGGACGAGAAACUCAACGUUUCGAGAAGACAAUGUGGGAGACGACGAUCUCUCGAACACAAAUAACUCCACACCUGACAACGUUCCGCUCGCCACAGAUAGGAUGGUGUUCGAACUUAACAAUGACGCUCGAGACGAGGAAGUACUACCACACGAAUUAGACUUUACUGUAUCUAGAUGUAGAUUUAGAGUUAGAACCCAAAAUAAUUUCGCUGGGGAAGGUUGCAGCACAUCCAACAACUAUGAAGCUUCUUGUAGUAGGACACAAAGUAAUUGCGAUUUUAACCCCAAUCGGCCAUCUACAAGUAGAGACGCAGGUACAUCGUCGAGUUGGGAAGGUCCAUCGCCAUGUACGUACAAUGUAUCAUCAAGUAGGGUCAAUGCAUCAAGAAAUGGGGACAACGUACCAACAAAUAGAGAUAAUGCAUCAACAAUUAGGGAUAGUGCAUCAACAAUUAGGGCUAGUGCAUCAACAAGCAGGGAUAAUGCAUCAACAAGUAGGGCUAGUGCAUCAACAAGCAGGGAUAAUGCAUCAACAAUUAGGGCUAGUGCAUCAACAAGCAGGGAUAAUGCAUCAACAAUUAGGGCUAGUGCAUCAACAAGCAGGGAUAAUGCAUCAACAAGUAGGGCUAGUGCAUCAACAAGCAGGGAUAAUGCAUCAACAAGUAGGGCUAGUGCAUCAACAAGCAGGGAUAAUGCAUCAACUAGUAGGGAUAGUGCAUCCACAAACAGGGAUAAUGCAUCAACAAGUAAGGAUAGUGCAUCAACAAGUAGAGAUAAUGCAUCAACAAGUAGGGAUAGUGCAUCAACAAGUAGAGAUAAUGCAUCAACAAGUAGGGAUAGUGCAUCAACAAGCAGGGACAGUGCACAGACCCGAAGCUCUGGCGUUUCCUCGGAUGAAGCGUUCAGAAAAGUAAAAGGUGGUGUUAAAGCCUUACAAAAACACGCAGAACAAUUAACGAAUAUGUGGCUGCGGGGUAAUCGUACGACUAUGCGUGAAUUGCGCACCAUGUGGGAGAACCUGCGGCGGCGAGUUCUAGCGCUGCACAGGGAAACAGGGAGGCAAGACAUACCGAGUUAUUACACACGGUCCUUACUAGAAAGAUGCAUGAUGUUAACAGAAAUGUCAGAAAGCAUUAAUCUCGGAUCUAAUAGAAAUACAAGAGCUAAUCAGAGAAACGAAGAUAAUAAUAGAUCUGCAGAGGCUCGUGAUCUACCUAUGAAUUCUGAUAAUCCAGGCAUUUCAAACCAAAAUGAAAUGAAUACCUCAACUGAGAAUACAUGUGACAGUAGACCAGCACAAGUCCGCAGGUCACCGCCGACCCGCGCGUCUGGGUUCCGGUCUUCACCGUCUAUGAGAAGAAGACUGCGACCUAAUUUCAGAUGGAGGCAGGAAGACGAACUGAGGAGGCGUUACCGAAAUACCACUUCUCACAGAAUUAUCGCCCGACAAAGAGACUUUAUGCGAGCUAUUGAAAUAAGCAACACUCGGCAUGAGAUCCGCAUGCGAGCUAUGCAGGUACUUUCAGUCAUGUUCAACAUGAUGAUGAUGUGUCUGGAGGAGCGGGGACUGAGUCAGCUGAUCAUUGACAUGUUACGCACACUGAAGAAAGCGCUGGCAUUGACAUGUUUAAUGUUAAUGACGAAUAGACACAACGGACGGCCAGCUAGUAAUCAGACCCCUCCCAGUCAAAAUGUAGAUUCUCUCAAUGUUGUUCGCAUUCAAAAUGUAGAUCAUACUGGUCCUGUCAACGUAGAUGGCCCUGACGAUCCAGCGUCUCCCCACAUACCUAGCGACACAGAAGACAGUCAAAAAACGAAUGUCGAAAACAGAGCAACAGAAGAGCCUAAGCCCUCUACAUCGCAAGCUUGUCCUGCGCCACCUGCUUCAAGUAGAAUCUCGCAAAGAUGGAGUAACCGGCUAGCCGUACAAAUUUCUGCGGCGAAUAGAAAUAACUCUGCGACCGCUAGGAAUAGACGUGACCUGUAUUUGGAAUGUAAAAGACUGAAAGCUUUACAUAGAACGAACCCGACUGCUCAUCCACUAAUAAAAAAAAGAGUUUUGCCUCCGGCGUCUACUUACAGAAUACCAGCGCUGCGAUUCUUGCCCAGUAGAGUAAAAGGUCCCGGCUUGAUAACACCGAGGCCUAGACCCACAAACACUGAUGAACCAGUAGCCGGUCCGUCAAACGAGGCUCCUGCCGCUGAAGGUCAAAACCGAGAAUAUUCUCUAAUGAAUGAAUUUGAACAUAGAGUGAACUUAAUUCGGAUAGCACACGCCCAAGCGGCUGGCCUGAGGCAUGCAGCGCGCAACAGAUUUCGUCGACUUCAGACAAUACGGUUGUACACUCCAUCGUCAGUACGGGAAAUGUUUGCGUUGCAGACAAAUAAUUCUGAUAACCAACCGGGAAACCGCUCCCCUCAAAAUAGUACAGAUCGGCCAAGCGGGCUACGGACGUUUGCGGCUACUUAUGCUCCUCUUCCCCCCGGAGAAGCCUUUGACGAGUUACGCGCAGCAAUGAGUAACUUCUCUAUGCCGGUGCUGCAAGUGAAUGACCAACCUUCUAAUUCGGAGGCUCAAGGACCGCAACAGCAAAGGUUCCCUCGGAUACACGAAUAUUUGCAACCAAUAAUUUUGGCGCAGAACGCGAUGGUGGUGGAUGUGGAGGGGAACUUGGAGGGCGGUGGCGGAGUCGGGGGCGGCGGUGGCGGGGGCGGGGGCAGCGGCGGGGCGGGCGGCACGGCGGCGGCGCGGCGCAUGAGCGGCAUCGCGAGCUUACUGGACGCCGGCUUCAUCACCGAGCCGCAGUCCUCGCCCUCGCACCGCGUGCAAGCCUGGGACUUCACCACCGGCGACACGCCAGAUAUCGCUGAUAGCACGAAGAACGUGGUGGUGCAGCGUUGCAAGAUUCACAACGACGCGAGCAUAGACAUUUCCAAAGACGGCCGGCUGCUGGUCGCUCUCCUGCCGGUGCCGCGAUUUCGUAACUCUAAUCAUUGGCUUGGCGUGUACUCGCUGGAGUGGGGCCGGCUGGGGCAGUGCCUGCACACGGCGGUGCUGGAGCAGAGCGCGGUGUCGGUGGCGCUGUCGCCCACCGCGCGCCACCUGGCCGUGGGGCUCGGCCUGCGCCGCAUCACCAACUCGCCCCGCGCCAGGAACAACGUCAUCGCGCUGCUCUACAAGCUUGAGCCGCUUGAAAACUCAAGUCGCACCGGGUUGUCGCCAAUCAAGGAGUUGGAGCAGAAUUGGGCGCACAGUCUGACCAGCCUCAACUGCAUCCGCUGGGCGCCGCAGCCGGGGCAGGGGCUCGUCUACGCAAACAACACCGGACAGCUCAUCAUCAUGAGCUAACUUCAUCGCUUACUCCUGGGGUACUAUACACGGACGUGGAUCCAGCGUUAUGGGCACGAUGGGUAUGCUCACAAUCUGAAGACUUGUUAUAAUUUUUUAACACAGAAAAUAAUUUACCACUUUAAAAUCAUUUUUUUGACUCUUAUAUAACAGUUCGAUCUCAAUAUCGUUAUCCUUUUUAAUUAACCUAAGGAAAAGUUUGUACCUGCCUCGAUAGCAAAGAAAAAUAGGUCUUCUAAAAAAGACACCUAAACAUUGCUGACCGUUAUCGAUAUCAGCGUUCUUGGGAAAAAGAACACUCGGCGAUUGUGACCACAACAUUUUUGAGGGCUUAUUUGCGCCUUUUCAUACAGUUGACUUAUGUCUAUUUUCGAGGAGUUUUGCAAGCUUUCUACACGAGUCGGUUAUUAUAAAUAACAAAUUACAACCAAUUGUAUUUUGAUAUGGCAAGCUCCUUCCAAAUAUCAUGCAUGAAUCAUUCUUUAUGCAAGACUUGCUAUUAUUGUACAAUUCACAAUAGAAAUCAGUAUAAGCUUAAAUGUUGACUUAUGAAACUGAAUUGAAAACUCGCUGUAUUAACUGCUAACUUUAAAUAGUUGCUUAUAAACCAUUGGCGUGGACACCGCUAAAUGCAUUAAAAUUCAAAUGUUUAUAUCUAAGUGAUUCUAUUAUGUGUACGGAAUCUUUCGUCGAAUUUAUUUAAAUUUUUAUAUGUGGUCGCAUAAUAUUACAGUUCCUGACAAUUUAAUCAUAUGGAAAAAUUAACUUUACUGAUCUCAGAUGUGUGUAUGAUGUGAGGUAAGCAAGUAAAUUAACUAAUAAAAGACUCUAUGUCUUUAUGAUUUUAUAUGUUAUAUUCUAACUAAAUUUAUGAUUCAUAUGCUUUUAUAAAAUGUAGACUGAGAUGCAAGACUAGGUACGAAUGGUGAAGCUGACAAAGCCCUGAUUUUCACUGAUAUCUAAUUUGUAAGUACAUAAAUAACAAGGAAAAUUAAACGAUCAAAUGGUGAAACCGCGAUAUGAUCAUGAUGUGAAAUUUUUGUUACUGGUUACAUUAUGUAAAACCACUAAGUGCUAUAUACUUAUAUAUAAAUGUGUUGUGUCAGUAAUCGAUAAAAAUAUUAACUUUGAACUUGAUGUGCAGCUUGUGUUUGCCCGAGAAGCAAUAUAUUAUAAUCAACAUUAUCUCCUUUAUCAGCUGUAACAAAGAACUACAUCAACCGCUUUUACAAAUCGAUUGUACAUAUUAGUAAUAUUAUGUAUUCUAUGUAUUAUCAUAUUGUAUAAGUCUUACUUGAAAGAAAAAAUAAAAAUAUUUGUUUUGAAUUUCAGAGAUUUUAAGCCUUACAUCACUUCUUGAAAAAUAUUUAAAGCUUGAAUAAUUAUAUUUAUUUGCCAUAGUUUUCAUAAGUAAUUUUAGAAACUUAAGAAAUAGGUUUAAAGCUACAUAUUAUAUUACAGCUUUUGAAUGUAGUGAUGAAAUACAUCAGAAUCUCAAUUUAACCUAUAUAAUGUAUAGCAAUAUGGCACGAUGUGUUUCAUUACAAAGUUUUCAUGAAAUAUGAUUAAGGUAUAAUUUAAAAAAUACAUAUAGAAAUAUAAAACUUAUCAGUUAAUUUAACACCAAUGUAAGUGAUAAUCAAAAUCAAAAAAUAAUAGACUUAUAGUAUUUGUUAGAAGUAUAUAUUUUCUUUAUCAAAUGACAGUCUCAGUCAGACGACAGUCAGACGCCUCAUGUAAUAUCUAUUACAUGAGGGGGGAUUUACGAGGUGAAUAAAGUUGAGGAUGAUCAAUACACGCGUGUCCUUUACAUUUCGAACAUAAUGUUUAAAAAAAUAUUUAAUCAGUGGUCUGGUAGACAAUCUGACGACACAGCAUUUUGCAUUAAAUCGAACAAAUCUUCAAUAGAGCUAGACAACGAUGAAAUGACGACGAUGCGACGCAAUGCCGCGACGUAGCCGGAUAUUAUUUCACUCAUUGUUUAUAAGAAAGUUCUAUUUAUCGUUGUAAUAACAAUAACAUUCCGGUUAAAAGAAGAUACGACAUUUCUGUUUUGCCAUUCUCUAUGACAUAUUCUAAAGUGCUACGGGGUCGUUUAAUUUGAGUCCACGGUUUUUAAUAGAGAAAUAGUGAGGCCAAAGGCAGACUGCCUUUGGCUUCACUAUUUUCCUAUACGUUGCACGGCGCACGUUGUGCAUGAAAACAUGAAAAUGAAAAAUCACAUUAUUUUUGAUGACGUGUUGCAUUUUUAAGUUUACACGAAUUAUGGUAUUCCUGGUAAUUUUAUUUUACAGUAAAAUAAAGUUAAGCGGCAGUGAGAUUAGGUUAAAAAUUAUUUUCAUAUAUUUUGUUCUUCCAUCGUUUUAACAACACUUUGUAAUAUAUUUUGUAAACAAGAUGUUUCUUUUAUUUAUAAUGUAAGGUAUGUGAAAAGCUGAAAAACAUCUAAAUAUAUUUAGUCAUUCAAUAUGUAUAGAUUCAUUGGUGUAAUUUAGCUUUAGCAAACUCAGUAAUGCUAUAUUUAGAGACUCUGAUUGUUUCUACCAGGGUAAUGUUCAGUUUCAUUUAGGUGAACGUAAAUCGUGAAAAGGACACAAUAAUAUUAAUGUGCCAAAUCAAUAAGUUUUAUGUUUUUCUGAAUUAUUUCUGAGUGAGUGUCAUGGUUUCUGUACCGUAGGUGAAUACGGGCAUAACGCACUGCUCAAAGACUUAGUUUAAGGCGUAGAGGUAUUUUGCCACGCAGGAUUUGUUUGUUGGCAUGGAACGCUGCCCACGCCUGUGCAAUCCGUAAAUCUACUUCCGCUGUCUGAUUCUCAGAGCCCAACGUGACCUUAUAUCCGUUUAUGAACUAUGUCAAAUUUAUUCAUUUAACAUUGUUGCAAAACAUGUCAAAGGUGGAUAGCUGUAGGCUUUCUUUCUACCAUUUUACGAAACAAUUAUAAAUAAUGUUCUCAACCCCUUCAUGCCCCGGUCAGGUCAAGAUGGAAAAAUGAUUGACCUGGUUCUUGGGUUUAUCUAUACAAAUGUUAUAAAAUAUGGUAGUAUCCCAUAACACAUGUCUCGAACUUAAUUUGGCUAACUCAGUCUGUAUUAUUUAUCCCUAUAUAUUUUUAAAGCUAAUACUUACAUAACAAUAAAGCUAAAAAUUAUCAUGAUAAUAAAAUCAAAGACUGAUAGUUGAUACCAUUAAACAAAUUACCUCUUUCUUAGCUCGUGUAUUGCGUUGAUAUAACUUAUUUUUGUUAAAAUGUAUUGUAUCAACAAAAAUUUGCGUGAAGUUAACACUUAGGUGUCAAAUCUCGAAUAUGUUGGUAAUAUAGGCCCCUAAUGCAAAUUUUAAGCUACAUUAAUCGUUGUCCCAGGCUUGGUUUUUGUAUGAAUUCCUACAAAAAAUCGUUUUGAGGGGACUUAAAAAUUACGCUAUCAUUUUUAAAGUUUCGAAUAAACGGACAUUAGAUUUCAUCACAUUCGUUUACAUAUUACUAAAACUAUUACCAAAUUGUAAUACGCGAGAUUUAUUUUUUUUUCUCGUGUACCCUCUUCUAGUUAUUCGUUUUGCAAACUGUUCGGGUGGCUCAUAGUUUUAUUAUUGUGUCCUUCAGAUGGCUAGUGAAGUUUUAAUUACUGCAUUAAUGUACAGUUAUGAUAAGGUGUACAGUUGAUAACAUUAUGCUUCAUCUAUUAAAUAAUUAA